UCCGGAUAAAGCAGAAGAAAAUGGAUGGAUGGAUUUGAAGAUUGUAUUGUGAAAAUGUACUUUGAAGCAUUUCAGUAUGUUGUCCCUCACAGUUAUUAUUUGUUGCAGAACAUGACUAAUACAGAUAAGCAGUUCAUUGUUGAUGUUGUUUCUGGAUGUAUCGAGCACAAAAAGUUACUGGACACAGUCACUGAACUCUUCUAUGCCGAGAAUGGGAAGUACUUAUCCAGAAGUGAUCGCAGCCAGUUUGUCAUUAUCUGCUACCUCACCACAUUCCGGCUUGAUGAACUUGGACUUCAGUGUUUUAGUAACAUUGUGAAAUCGCUGGACAUCAAGAAGAUGCACGCAUUCUUGAGUUUCUUCUUCACAUACCUCACCACAUGGAUACAAGAUAAGUGGACCAGCAUCUAUGAUGUUGCCUUUGUGCAGAAACAGUGGAUUGAGCCUCUGCUCAGGUAGCGCCCUGAUAUUGAUAGUCUCAUCGACCAGCUUGCUGCAAAAAUAUCCAAUGAGGGCCAAGUCAAGAAAUUUCCAGUU